AUGCUGAAGAAGAACAGUUGGUUGCUUUGGGGGGCGGCGCUUUUCAUCGCUUGGAACUGUCUCCUCCUCCUCUUUCUCUGGAGCCGCCCUCCAUCCUCUUCAUCCUCUUCAUCCUCCUUAACGGCCCAAGUCAUCCGCUUGGCUCAAGAUGCCGAAACCGAGCUGGAACGACAAAAAGAACUUUUACACCAAAUCUAUCUCUACAGCGGCGCUUUGUGGGGCCGCCGCCGAAACCGAGGAGCUCGAAUCACUCCCAAACCUUCCUCCCCUCCGCCACAAAUCGACGUCGACCUCGUUUUACCCGUCUUGGUUUUGGCUUGCGACCGCAGCACCGUCCGACGUUGUUUAGAUAAAAUUUUCCUUUAUCGCCCUUCGGCUCAACGCUUCCCCGUCAUCGUCAGCCAAGAUUGCGGCCACGCCGAAACGGCGCGGGUCAUCGCUUCCUACGGCGACGCCGUGGUUCAUAUCCGUCAACCCGACCUCGGCGAUAUCCCCGUCCCCGCCGAACAUCGGAAAUUCCAAGGAUAUUAUAAAAUCGCUCGCCAUUACCGUUGGGCGUUAGGGCAGAUUUUCCGUUCUUUCCGUUACCGCGCCGUUAUCGUGGUGGAAGACGAUUUAGAAAUCGCGCCGGAUUUUUUCGAAUAUUUCCAAGCGGCUUUACCGCUUCUUCUCGCCGAUCGAAGCCUUUGGUGCGUCUCCGCUUGGAACGAUAACGGGAAAGAACAAAUGGUAGACGUCUCUCAAGCCGAAUUACUUUACCGGACGGAUUUUUUUCCCGGUUUAGGUUGGUUACUUUUAGCUGAACUUUGGGAUGAACUCGAACCGAAAUGGCCGCGUGCUUUUUGGGACGAUUGGAUGCGGCAACCCGAACAACGCCGCGAUCGUUCUUGUAUCCGACCUGAAAUCUCCCGGACGAUGACUUUCGGUCGGAAAGGCGUAAGUCACGGGCAAUUUUUCGAUCAAUAUUUAAAAUUUAUCAAACUCAACGACCGUUUUGUGCCUUUCACCCAACUGAAUCUUUCUUACCUCAAAAAGGAAGAAUACGAACGUUCUUUUCUCUCCAAAGUUUACGCCGCGCCGGAGGUCAAAGUGGAAGAACUCCAAGGGAACCGCCGUCGGGAAUUAGGAACCGUCCGCUUGCAGUACAGCGGCCGCGAUUCUUUCAAAGCUUUCGCCAAAGCUUUGGGCUUGAUGGACGAUCUGAAAUCCGGCGUUCCUCGCGCCGGUUAUCGCGGCAUCGUCAGCUUCGUCUAUCGGGGUCGCCGCGUUUAUCUCGCCCCUCCGGCGGACUGGACGGGUUACGAUCCCAGUUGGAGUUAG